AUGCCGCCAACCAAGACCCCAACGUUUAGUUUAUCCACUCUCAAGCUUCGUCCCAUACGGAGGCGGCACCUGCGCAAGUACUCUUGGUUACCUGAUGUUCUGCGACUGAAAGGGAGCGUCAUCGGACAUAUCAUUGGCCCGGUGCUGACGGUGACCGUCUUCGCUGCCGUGGUCGCUUUCUUGUGGUCCAAAGGGUAUGCGCUCCGGCUAACGAACUCGGUUCUUCCGCUUUUAUCUGUCGUGGUUGGUCUGAUCUUGGUGUUUCGAAAUGGGACCUCCUACGAUCGUUACUGGGAAGGUCGAAAGAGCUUCGCAACUUUAACUUCCAAUAUACGGAGUUUAUCUCGGGUGAUUUGGGUCCAAGUUGCGCUCCCUCCACCGGACGGGGAAAUCUCUUUGGUGGCGAAAGGGAAAGCUGUAACGUCUGAGCUUACUGCUGCCCAAGUACGGGUACAGAAGAUUGAAGCACUUCAGUAUUGCCUCGCAUUCGCAUACGCAGUGAAGCACUAUGUAAGAGGAGAGGACGGCAUUCAUCACGAAGAUUUCAGCGGUGUUCUCCCACUAUCAUUUGCUAGCCGGAUCAAUGUUGAAGGGAGUCGACGACACUCUCCGGACUACGGGUCAUUGUCCGGCGGAGGAUCCGAGGAGGGGAAAUCCAGCAGCAGUUUCUUGGCCGGUGCAACCAAACGGGUCAAACCCAAGCGCAGCAAGAGGAACUUGGUUUUAAAUACGCCUCAGGUCUCUGGCUCAAAUACUCCGCUGCUGAAUGGACCCUACCAGAGCAUCGAAUUUUGCCGUCCUGCAGAAGAUUUGACAAUGCCCCUACCACUAAUGAUUGCUCACGAGCUCUCCAGCGCAAUAUUCAGGUUUCGCCGAGAUAGUUUGCUGGAGACGGUUGGCCCGGCAGGCGCGAACGCCAUGAGUGGCAUGGUUUCAUCAAUGGUCGAUCAAAUGACUGCCAUGGAGAGGGUAGCAAAUACCCCAAUACCAGUUUCCUACGCCAUCCACCUCAAGCAAUGUGUCACUUUGUAUCUUUUCGCUCUCCCAUUUACACUUAUCAACGACCUUGGAUGGGCCAUUGUGCCAAUUAUAACAGUGGUAGCGUUCACUCUCAUGGGUAUUGAGGGCAUCGCGGACCAGAUCGAGAUGCCUUUUGGUCACGACAAGCACGAUCUCCCUCUAGAUACUUACUGCGACGAUCUAAGGGAGGAAAUUGCAUAUAUGAUCGAGAAACUACCGGAAGGUGGUCACGGCGUCCAAAGUUAUGAUGAUGGAGAAGGCGACGAUUAA